AUGGAUCCAAAACUCGCGGAGAUAUCUAAAUCCCAAUCCCCAAGAUCAUAUCUUUAUACAACAAUUGCCAGAACUCAUCUAGGUGAUGUUGCAUCAAGUAUCAUAUCUUGCAUAAUCGCAAAUGGAAGACUCACAUCUCGUGAUAUCGCCACUAGGACACAUAUUCCUUACAAAUCGAUAAAAGCGGCUUUGGUUUCUUUGGUGCAAUUAAAUUGUGUAUCAUAUUGGCAAGAAGAUGAAUCAAAUAAGAAGAAACAUGUGUUUUAUUCGUUGAAUGAGACGGGGUUGUUGUUGUUUGUACAUGCUGGAGAUAUCAUAAAUCAUAUCAAGAGGUUAUUUGGGGAUGAUGGAGCAGAGAUUGUUCAGAAUAUAUUAAUGAAUGGACAUGUUAAAGUUGAAGAUUAUCUUAGUCAAUAUGAUGAUGAACCGGAGAUUAAAUUAGAAAAGCAGACGUUGUUUUUCAGGUUGUUUAAUGAAAGAUGGUUAUGUCGAUUACAACCGAUUAAUUAUCAUCCUUUGGAUGAUGUUUGGAAUAAGAUUUUCCAAGAAUGUUUGAGAAAUACUCCAAGAUCAUCAACUACUUCUGAAAUUAAACGGAUUGGGGAAGCUAAAGAAAAAGCUAAAACGAAAUUAAUUCAAUUAUUAGAAGAAGGUCAAUCAUCACAAGAAUUAUAUGAUUCAAAAGAUGGGAUUAAGAAAUUACAACCACAUUUGGUAGUAUGUGUUAAUUUAUCAAGAUUUCAAAAACAUUUAAGAACUCAAGCUUUGAUUAAUUUAGUAAAAUCAAGAGUUGGAGUAUUGACUUCAAAAGUAUAUGAAGUUGCAUUAAAAAUUGUGGAACAAAAUAGUCCAGAAUUAAGACAUCCAUUUUUACAAAUUUCAGGAUUAAUUAAUGAUCCUGAAGAAGAACGGAAUUUAAUUAAUCUGAUUGAAACUAAAUUAGUUGAUGAAAAGAAAAUCGUGGUGAAUAUUAGAGAAGUUGUAAGAUUAUUACCGGAUGAUAUUGAUUUAAGAAAUUCUAUAUUGACUCAUAAUUUCUUAAAACCACAAAUGAAAAAGAGACCUUUAGAUGAUAGUGAAUCUGAAGUGCCUGAAAAGAAAGUCAAACUUGAAAAUGAAGGGUCUAUGAUACUGUUAGACACUCAAGAAAUUGCCAAAGAAGCACUCAAUGGAUCAACUUCGUCAACAAACUAUACGGAUAAUUCUGAUCCCCAUUCCACCACAUUGGUACAACAUCAUUUAAAAUUAUUAAGUUCAGGUACAAGUAUUCAAUUUUUAAUUGAAAUAUCUCCAGGAACUUAUAGUAUUCCAUUUGCAUCAUUAAUUAAACAAUUAAAACAGUAUAAUUUUGAAAGUUUAAUCAAAACCACUCUUGGUUCAAAUUCAUUUAGAAUUCUUAGAUGUUUAAAAACCAUGAAAUUAGGUGAUGAAAAAUCAAUUAGUAAUGCUGUUUUAUUAAAAGAAAAAACCGUUCGUAAUGAAGUAUAUCAAUUAAUUAAUGCAAAUGUAAUUGAGAUUCAAGAAGUUCCAAGAAGUGCUGAUAGAGCAGCAUCAAAGACUUUCUAUUUAUUUAGAUUUAAAGAAUGGCCAAGUUAUAAAUAUUUAUUAAGUUCCUUGAUUUUCAAUAUGGCAGAAAUUUUAAAUAAUAUUCAAGAUUUUAAAUCUGAUUAUAAAAUUUUAUUAGAAAAAUGUGAACGUGAAGAUGUUAAAGGUCAUGAAGAAGAAUUAUUAUUAGAAUCUGAAUUAAAAACUUUACAUUCUUUACAAAAUAGGGAAAUUAAAAAUAUUGGAAAAUUUAAUAGAAUCAAAACAUUAUAUGAUAUAUAUUUAUUAUAA